AUGGCUUCUAACUUCUACAGGACUGAAGAUGCGCCACGCUACAUCCUCGGACAUGCUCUUGAGCUUGCCUUCAUUGGCUUGGGUAUCAUUGCACUUCUUGUGACGGUAUUCAACUACAAGAGGAUCAAUGCAAAGCGGGAACGCCAGCUAUCGGAGGGCGCCCAUAAUGGGUACACGCCAGAGGAGCUCGGUGAGCUGGGGGAUCGUUCAAUGACCUUCAAGUACUUCUUGUAG